GCCCCCGCCAGGGUCAUGAAGCUCGUGAGGAAGGACAUUGAGAAAGACAAUGCGGGCCAGGUGACCCUGGUUCCCGAGGAACCCGAGGACAUGUGGCACACCUACAAUCUAGUGCAGGUGGGCGACAGCCUGCGCGCUUCCACCAUCCGCAAGGUGCAGACCGAGUCCUCCACCGGCAGCGUGGGGAGCAACCGGGUCCGCACGACCCUCACUCUCUGUGUGGAGGCCAUCGAUUUCGACUCCCAAGCCUGCCAGCUGCGGGUCAAGGGGACCAACAUCCAGGAGAAUGAGUAUGUCAAGAUGGGGGCUUACCACACCAUCGAGCUGGAGCCCAACCGCCAGUUCACCCUGGCCAAAAAACAGUGGGACAGUGUGGUUCUGGAGCGCAUCGAGCAAGCCUGUGACCCAGCCUGGAGCGCCGAUGUGGCGGCUGUGGUCAUGCAGGAGGGCCUCGCCCAUAUCUGCUUAGUCACUCCCAGCAUGACCCUCACUCGGGCCAAGGUGGAAGUGAACAUCCCUCGGAAACGGAAAGGCAACUGCUCGCAGCACGACCGGGCCUUGGAGCGGUUCUAUGAACAGGUGGUCCAGGCCAUCCAGCGCCACAUACACUUCGAUGUUGUAAAGUGCGUCCUAGUGGCCAGCCCAGGAUUUGUGAGGGAGCAGUUCUGCGACUACAUGUUUCAACAGGCAGUGAAGACCGACAACAAAUUAAUCCUGGAAAACCGGUCCAAAUUCCUUCAGGUACAUGCCUCCUCUGGACACAAGUACUCCCUGAAGGAGGCUCUUUGUGACCCUACAGUAGCUAGCCGCCUUUCAGACACGAAAGCCGCUGGGGAAGUAAAGGCGUUGGAUGACUUCUACAAAAUGUUGCAACACGAGCCCGACCGAGCGUUUUAUGGACUCAAGCAGGUGGAAAAGGCCAAUGAGGCCAUGGCAAUUGACACACUGCUCAUCAGCGAUGAGCUCUUCAGGCACCAGGAUGUAGCCACACGCAGCCGGUAUGUGCGGCUGGUGGACAGCGUGAAAGAGAACGCAGGCACCGUUAGGAUAUUCUCUAGUCUUCACGUGUCUGGGGAACAGCUCAGCCAGUUGACCGGAAUAGCUGCCAUCCUCCGCUUCCCUGUCCCUGAACUCUCUGACCAAGAGAAUGAUUCCAGUUCUGAAGAAGAUGAAUGAUUGCAAUUAAUAAUUGAGACAACCUGUGUCUCACUCCUUCACUGUUACAUUUUCUCAGCAUCCUGUGAAGAAAGCUGCAAAAAUGGCACUUUGUGGUUCUUACAGGGAUUUUUCAUGUAUUUGGUCACUAGGUGAUUUGUGGUUGGCAGGACAUGUUUUCAAACUGAACAAUAAAAGGAAAUAAUCUCCAUAUAUUAUUAAUUGGGAUAAUUUUAUUUUGGAAUUAUGAGUUAUUCACAGCUCUUAGAAACAUUUUGUAUAUUUAAAAAGAAUGCCUAUAUAUUCUUUGGGAUGGAACAUAAAAAUCCCAUACAGCAUGCCUUGACGUAGUCUUCCUUAGGAAAAGCUUUUUAAUAUCUCAUUAUCUUCAGUUUACAUUCUUUAUUUUAAUUUGGCACAGUGUAUUUUUACACCUUGUUACAUGAUCCUUUUUCUUGCUGUUUCCCCCACAUUCCAGUUUUUCUUAAUUUUUAAAUUUAUUUGCUAUUUUAAAUAAUUGCAUAAUAAUUAGAAGACUCCUGAGGCUAAACUUAAAAUCUGUUUUUCUUAAGAAACUUGUUAAACCAAUCUCGUUAAAAGUAAUAAGCUGGGUUUUUCUUUGCUAGUUUAGAAUAAAUUUUAGAGGAGCACCUAAUUAGUUACUUUUAGGUUGUAGAGCUUUGAUCUGCUAAAGAUUCUCAGGAUAGCCUACUCAAGGUGCUUUUAUUUGUAAAAUGAGGCUAAGUAUGGGAUUUGCUUAUUAAGAGCUAAUUAUUGGCAAACCUAGAUAUAGUGUGCAGUCUGUACUUGAGUUCUUUGCUCUGCCACACUAUUUAUGUAUUUGGGAGGUUAUCAUAGUUACAGUUAAUGCUACCAUGAAUUUGUAUGUGCAUUUACAUUCUUAAUGGAGGGAUGAGAAAGCCUGCUCAGAAAGUUUGUCACAUCAUUGUGCUUAGUUGCUCAGUCAUGUCCGACUCUGCAACCUCAUGGACUAUAGCCCACCAGGCUCCUCUGUCCAUGGGGAUUCUCCAGGCCAGAAUACUGGAGUGGGUUGCCAUGCCCCCCUCCAAGGAUCCUCCCAACCCAGGGAUCAAACCCAGGUCCCACAUUGCAGGCAGAUUCUUUACUGUCUGAGCCAACAGGGAAGCCCAUCACAUCAUUAGUAAAUAGCAGUUGAUUUGUACUCCAGCUGUUUACUGUAAUUAGGGACUUUAUGCAAAUACCUGAGAGUUUAAAAUAUUUUCCAUUAUUUUUUGUGUGCAAUUUAAGAAUUAAGGAGGGGGCCUUGAAAUAUAAUCACAUCUUAACAUUUUUCACAUCUCAACUUAGUAAAAUAAUAGGAAAGCCCUAUGAACAAAGAGUGAUAAUUCAGUCUGUAACUCCAGGAACCGUGGUGCCUGCUUCAAAUAAGGACACUAAGUAUAAUUUGCUUGUCCUUCCUGUGUCUUCUGAGCCUUUCUGUUGAUGUGCCAAGUUUGUAUAUUGUUUAUAAAAAACUUCCUAACUAACCUGAACCUUUUUGUCUGUAGUUAGCGGUGGUGGUUGUUUAGUUGCUAAGUGGUGUCCGACUCUUGUGACCCCAUAGACUGUAUCCCGCCAGGCUCCUCUGUCCAUGGGAUUUCCAAGGGAAAAAUACUAGAGUGGGUUGCAUUUUCCUUUUCCAGGGGAUCUUCCUGACCCAGGGAUCAAACUCAGGUCUCCUGCGUUGGCAGGUGGAUUCUUUACCACUGAGCCAUCAGGGAAGCCUGUAGUUAGGGAUAGACACCUCCAUAUACUUUAAACGCACAUUUUAAAAUAUCUACUUCUUAAAGUGAUUUAAAUUGUCAUUUCAUUGUAACUUUAUGGAUAUUUAAGAUAUAAAAUGUCUGUUAUUAACAAUUUGGUAGGAGUGUAAAUAUUAAGUCACUAAGAUUCUUAAUAUUAGAACCUUAUUGAUAGUGCGUUGUGUUUUCAGUCAGAAUUUGGAGAUUUGGGGCCUCUUGCUCAGUAUCUAUCGAGUACAGGUUAGUCCUAGCUGUUAACCAUGGUGAUAGAAACCAGAGGAAAGAAAACCUUACGGUAAAUCUAACCAAUACGUUUUAGGAUGUUAAAUUCUCAAAUUUAGCUUCAUCUUAGCUUAAGGAAGUGAGUGAAGUCGUUCAGUUGUUUCCAACUCUUUCUGACCCCAUGGACUGUAGUCUGCCAGGCUCCUCCAUCUGUGGGAUUCUCCAGGCAAGAAUACUGGAGUGGGUUGCCGUUUCCUUCUCCAGGGGAUCUUCCUGCCCAGGGAUCUUUGCAGGCAGACUCUUUUAAGUAGUGAGCCACCAGGGAAGCCCAGGUGGGCUUGGGAACUCAUCUCAGCUUGGAAACUAUAAAAACUCAAUACCCAGACUGGACCUCAGACUAAAUAGCUUUGCAGUCCUAGAUGUGAUAGAGUAUUUUUUUAAUCAUUAUUAAAGCUCCCAGGUGAUUUCCAAUAGAUAACAAGGCUGAGACCCUGGAUUCAGGCUUUGCUGUUCAAAAGUGUGGUUUCCAUGAACCAGCAGCAUCCCCUGAGAGCUUGUUAGAAACUAGCAUCCAGGACUCUACCCUAGACCUGUUGAAUUGCUGCCUGUAUAUUAGCAUCUCCAGUUGAUUGCCAUGUGUAAUAAAAACUGAUAAAACAUUUAGGCAGUGGCUUAUUCUCUCUGUGCCAGUUAAUCUCUGCCUAGGGUUGCCAGCCAUAGAGAAAGAGAUUUGAGUUUUAAGAUCUUUCGGGAAAACUGCUUACCAGUAUUCAAUUAAAUUAUCUAUAAAAAUAAAUGAAAGCCUGUUUCUAUGUCUAAAGUAUCUUUAAGAAUUUGUAUUUUUUAAAGUUACAUUUUUUACCAAUACCAUUAUCAAGUAUAAAUCUUCCUAGAUACAUAGGUGUAAAUAUCAAAAUAGUGAUAGGAACAUAAUAAAAUAAAUUGGUUCAAA